AUGUCUGUGGUCCUGGGGUUCAUCUGCAUCUGCAUGCCGCAGUGCUACAUGCGCGACACACAAAGAGGGGGCAACUCCCGCGCUCGCGCUCGACGCCAGCGGCGGACCUGGUGGAGGACAUCGCUGGAGCACGCCAGGACGCUUGUGACUUCCGGCGUGCAGCUGCUCGAGCAUCCAUUCCUGAUCGACAUCCGCGACACAUUUGCGCUGGCGGUGGCAACGUGGGCGUUGGUCGCGUGGGCGGCGUGCACAGCGUGGGGACACAAUGCAGAAGGAUGGCGAGGGAGCGUGCAGACGGUGGCGGUGGGGGCUACAAAGUUUGGCCUUUCCUUGUCGGUGGCUGUUGUGGCAGUGGCUGCGUGGGCGAAGGGGGCUGCUGCGGCCAAAGGGCUCUGGUCUUGGGCAAGUCUCCGACAAUGGGCUAAAGCAGUGCCUUCCGACGUGCGACCGCCUAGUCGUCAGGAGCCGGCACACGGCUCGUCACGGCGCGGGCGGGCGAGGAAGCAGGCGGGGCGAAGCGCCUCAAGCACGGCCCCGCAGGCAAGCGGGAGAGCGGAAGUCGAGGAGGCAGGAGGUGCGCAGCGCGCGGCGGUUGCGAUGCCAGCGGCACAGCGGGCGAGGGAGGACGCCAGCAAGGCGGUGGAGCCGCGGGCAGUGCAGCCAAGCGAGCUACUCGAACCUGAGGUGAGGAUUCAGGAGCGGGGUGCUCUUUCGACGUUGCCGGAGCAGGCUGCCUUGUCGGAGCAGGCGGCCUUGUCGAGACCGGCCUCCCCGGCCUCCCCGGCCUCGGAAGAGGUAAUCGACGAAGACAGCGAGCCGGGUGCGCCUUACAACGACGCACUUGUGAAUGACUCGCCAGCGCUCGAUUCGCCGCCGCCGAUUGGGGUGGUCUCUCUGGCUGACGCACACUUUGAGACGGGCCGCAUGGUCCCCGAGUCCACGAUGGGAGGCGAGACCACGUGUAUCGUCUGCUUCACCCGGCCAAAGACGCACGUCGCGGUCCCCUGCGGCCACCACUGUGCUUGCGGUCCCUGCUCCGAGCGCAUGCAAGACGCGUGCCCUUAUUGUCGCGGGCCGGUCGCGAUGUGGAUGACCUACAGGCCUGUGUAG